AUGACCGCGCCAAAGAAUCGCAACGGCACAAGAAACACCAGAAUAAUCAUCCCCAGCCAGAAGAAGCGCGACGCGGAAGCAGGCAAUAUGGCACCACCCAAUACUCAGAAGCGCGUCAAGGGCGUCCAGAUAUACAGACCGUUCAUUUAUGGCACGACGGCGAAGAAGUUCAGCGACGAAUUCCCAAAGCCAGCGGGCACGCCUGCGGAUCAUACGCAUGCCUGGACGGUUUUUGUGAAGGGCGUUGAUGAUACGGAUAUCACAUACUGGUGCAAGAAAGUGCAGUUCAAGCUGCACGAGUCAAUUCCGAAUCCAAUGAGAAUGGUCGACGACGUCCAGCCCGGCGACCCCUUCGAAGUCCACGAAACCGGCUGGGGAGAAUUCGAAAUCACAAUAAAACUCUACUACACGCCCGAGUCCCUCGAGAAACCACAAACCCUCUACCACCACCUUACACUCCACCCCUACGGCACCGACGAAGAGAAAGAGAAGAUGCGCCUCGCGCCCUCUAUCAACGCUUGGCAAUACGAAGAGCAGCUGUUCAACGAACCUUACGAGAAUUUCUUUGAUAUUUUGACGAGUCCGAUGGAGAGGGUCAAGGGUGGUGGGGGAAAAGGCACGAGGGUCAUGAAGGGUGGUAUGGUAGGGAGUGUGGGUGAACGGACGGCGACUAUUCCGUUGACGACGAGGCCGGAACAGCCGUAUAGUCGUGAGACGGAGAAGUUGGAGUUGAAGAAAUUAGAGACUGCGCUGGUGAAAGUCAACCAGCUGACAGAGGACAUGAAGAAAGAAAUCAAGGAGAAGCAGGCAUUAUUGGAGAAGCUGCAGAACGGAGGCUGAAGAACAAGCUGGACUUCGCGAUGAAAGCGCAGUCGUUAAGAGCGACGCAAGCUCCAUGCCUCUGGCCGCAAUUGCUCUGUAGCACGAAACAAACACCAGCUACCGCCUCCAGACGCGCAAAGUGACAAAGUCAGGCAUUCGGCAGAGCAGUAGGCUAGUUAGGCCAGACGUACAUAGACACUUCCCAGAGCGCUGCGAGAUGGGUGGGGUUCAGUGCUACUCCGACAAUACCCUUUAGCUCUAAAGCAAAGAUUUAAUUUAAGGUGUUGGUUCUGAAGACUUGGCUUUCUACACUUGUGUAUCUCGUUUUAUCUUCGUGCCUAAGAGACUACUGUCUCUGGAUUCGACUGGAUUUGUUUUCUUGUAUUCUGUCUUUGCAAUAUUUUCGUGCUACUCGUACAAAACGUCCUUCUAGACAAGACCUACAAGAUGUAUUGUUGAGACUCAGGGAUGGCAAGGAAGACAGGGUACUGUAGGUAGAUUCACUGUGCAGCAGUCUGGAAAAUAUCGCUGAGCUUAAUAUUCAAGUAAAGCAGCUAUUGUAGAUGAGUCGUAUAUACCGCAAAUCUUAGCGAAUGCUGAUUUGGCUUGGGUUUGGACGUGAUGAUAGUAAUGAGGUUCUGCGCUGCAUUCGAGAUUCGGGCAGUUAAAAGUGGUGCUUUCUCCAGAGGUUUAAUGCUGGAAGGUGCUGGGAAAAAGUGAGAUCAGAGUAGAUAAAUUUAUAACUCUGGCUUUGGAU